AUGAGAUCUAUUUUGUCAUUAUUUAUCAUUCUUAACAACAAUGGAGUUGAAGCCUCACACAAGGUUUACCAAAAGUUUCAGUCUCUUAGUGCUGUUAAAGUCGAUCAACUUCACAGAACUGGCUUCCAUUUUCAACCUCCAAAAAAUUGGAUUAACGAUCCAAAUGGUCCUCUUUAUUAUAAAGGUUUAUACCAUUUAUUCUACCAGUACAAUCCCAAAGGUGCUGUAUGGGGGAACAUUGUGUGGGCCCAUUCUGUAUCAAAAGACUUGAUCAAUUGGGAACCACUUGAUCCUGCCAUAUACCCUUCAAAACCGUUCGAUAUAAAUGGAUGUUGGUCCGGGUCGGCCACUAUCCUUCCGGGUAACAAGCCCAUAAUCUUGUACACCGGAAUCGACCCAGACAACCGCCAGGUCCAAAACUAUGCCAUACCCGCAAACCUAUCCGACCCAUAUCUACGCGAAUGGAUAAAACCCGAUGACAACCCGAUUGUUGUUCCCACGAAUGACAUGAAUGCCAGUGCAUUCCGUGACCCGACAACCGCUUGGUUCACCGAUGGGCAUUGGCAAAUGGUAGUGGGAGGUAGAAGAAAACGAAGAGGGAUUGCCCACUUAUAUAGGAGCAAAGAUUUCAAGUACUGGGUCAAAGCAAAACACCCACUACAUACCUCACAGAAUACGGGUAUGUGGGAAUGCCCGGAUUUUUACCCGGUAUCAAUGUCUAGCAAAAUCGGGUUGGACACAUCUGUUAAUGGGCAAAAUGUUAAGCACGUUUUAAAAGUGAGCUUGGAUCUUACUAGAUAUGAGUAUUACACAAUUGGAACAUAUAAUCUUGACUUGGAUAGAUAUAUCCCUGAUAGUGGCUUAAAGGAUGGUUGGACUGGGCUUAGAUAUGAUUAUGGAAAUUUUUAUGCAUCCAAGACUUUCUAUGAUCCUUUGAAGCAUAGGAGAAUCUUAUGGGGUUGGGCCAACGAGUCUGAUGCCCAACUUGAUGAUGUUAAAAAAGGAUGGGCUGGAAUCCAGACAAUCCCAAGGAAAGUUUGGCUUGACCCAAGUGGGAAACAAUUGGUACAAUGGCCCGUUGAAGAAUUGGAAAGUUUGAGGGGCAAUAAGGUAGAGAAAAGCAAUGUAAAACUGAAAAAGGGAGAUCAUGUUGAGGUUGAGGGAAUUACUGCUGCUCAGGCUGAUGUGGAAGUUACAUUCUCAUUUCAAAGCUUAGACAAAGCCGAAGAGUUUGAUCCUAGCUGGUCUAAUGCAAAAGACCUUUGUGGACAAAAGGGUUCAAAUGUUCAAGGUGGUGUUGGGCCAUUUGGUCUUUUGACAUUGGCUUCUCAAAAUCUUGAAGAAUUCACACCCGUUUUCUUUAGGAUCUUCAAAGCUCCUACUAAGCAUGUAGUUCUCUUAUGCUCUGAUGCAACAAGUUCCUCUUUGGGCGAAAAACUGUAUAAACCAUCAUUUGCAGGUUUUGUAGACGUCAAACUAGACAACAAAAAGCUUUCUCUUAGAAGUUUGAUUGAUCAUUCUGUUGUGGAAAGUUUUGGAGAAGGAGGAAAAACAUGCAUCACAUCUAGGGUUUAUCCAACUCUAGCAGUUUUAGAUAAUGCUCACUUGCAUUUGUUCAACAAUGGAAGUGAGACCAUCACUGUGGAGAAUCUCAGUGCAUGGAGCAUGAAUCGUCCCCUGAUGAACUGA